GAGAUGGAGGCAUGGGUCGUUUUCUGGUACAGAGGGGCUGUUUCUCUCAGAAACCAAGUUUGUAUUUGAUAAAGGAAACACCAAAGUUGGGCAUGUCAGAUUGGCGUGCUUAAGAAAAAAUUAAAUAGGAACAAAAAACAAUUGCGAUUUGUGAGAGGGGGGCUCUCGAUUGAGACGUCUCAUACUACUUUCUGCCCAAAAUUGUUUAAAAAGUGGAUUAAUCGACAUAAGAUUCCUGAGUAAAGGUGGGUUUAGUUAGGUUUUUAUAUGUUCUAUAGGUGUUGAAAAAUUAAUGAGCAGAGAAAGGUGGGGGGUGGUGCUGAUUCAGAGUGGAUGAGAGAGAGAGGGAACAUUCUGAGGUUUGGUUUCUUGUGGGUUAUGUUUAGAUGUGGUGGAUGUUAAAGAUGAGGAACACCUCAUGUUAUUGAUGGGAGGUUUUUUUGUGGUUUUGUUGGGUGGUUUUUGUGAUGUGUGGGGUUUCUCUAUACGGGUAUUGUCCUCUGUAGAUCUAGUGCUCAUGCAGUGAACGUUCUGUUGUGUUUUUGUCUGCCCAUUCUUAUGCAUAUCUGAUCUUCUUUGUGCUCCACAAGGUGAUAAGGGGAGGAAAAAAUUCGCUUCCUUCUCAGUUUUUGAGCUGCUUGCGACCGCCUCUCUCUUAAGGUUUUGUAGCUUCAAUACAAAAUCAAAGGGUAAAAGAAGAUAAUUCUGUAGAGGAAUUGAUGUGGAUUCCAAGCUCUUGGUCGUGAAACUUUUGUGGACCUAAAGGAGGUUCUCUUAGUAGUGUGUGUGAUCCAUUGAGAAAAUAAAAAGAUAAACUAAUAGAGUAAGGGCGGUGGUGUCAGUUUUGAGCAAGUGGGAGUGUCUCUGCCAUUAGAAAUAUAUAAUGUUUGAGAGGGUGUAAGUAAUGUCUCCCAAGCUCUUCCUCUCUUCCCGGAGUCAUUGGACACUGUUAUCAAUUUGGAAGCAACCAAUUGUUUUGGGUCUCUUCCAUUCCAAGUGAACUAUUUGUCAAAAAAAAUCUCACUAACCCAUUUACUCUUCCUCUUCCUCUCUCUUCAGCCCUUGGUUUGUGGAAAUAUUCGGUAAAACUAAGAAACUCAGUGAAGUUUUUCUUUGAUCCAUACUUGCUUACCCGUGAACACCAAGUUGGUAACCGUUCAGACCUGAAGUCCGCCGAGUGUUAACAUUAAACCUCUCCUGGUGAUUUUGGUUUUGGCCGGUGGUCUUUGUGGAUUUGGUCAGAGUUAAGAUUUGAGCUAUCGGAGAGAUAAAGGUACUGAUCUUUCGUUGGCAAAAUGAAGUUUAUGAAACUGGGAUCCAAGCCAGAUUCAUUCCAGACCGAAGGAGACAAUAUUAGGUAUGUGGCAAGUGAAUUGGCUACUGACGUGGUCAUUAAUGUAGGGGAUGUGAAAUUCUAUCUCCAUAAGUUUCCCUUACUGUCAAAGAGUGCACGCUUGCAGAAGCUAGUUGCAACCACAAUUGAUGACAACAGUGAUGAAAUUUACAUUCAGGAUAUUCCUGGUGGACCUGCUGCUUUCGAGAUAUGUACGAAGUUCUGCUAUGGCAUGGUAGUCACUCUCAAUGCAUACAAUGUGGUCGCUGCUCGAUGUGCAGCGGAAUACCUUGAGAUGUAUGAAACUGUAGAGAAAGGAAACCUUAUCUAUAAAAUUGAAGUCUUUCUUAAUUCUAGCAUUUUCCGAAGCUGGAAAGACUCGAUCAUUGUUCUUCAAACUACAAGGUGUCUUCUUCCAUGGUCCGAGGAACUCAAGGUGGUCAGCCACUGCCUCGAUUCUAUAGCUUCCAGAGCUUCUAUUGAUACUUCCAUGGUUGAGUGGUCAUACACCUAUAACAGGAAAAAGCUCCCAUCUGAGAAUGGCAAGGAUCCAAACUGGAAUGGUGUGAGAAAACCCCUAAUGGUUCCUAGUGACUGGUGGGUUGAAGAUCUCUGUGAGCUGCAUAUUGAUCUUUACAAACGUGUAAUUGUAACCAUCAAAACCAAGGGAAGAGUUUCAAGUAAUUUAAUCGGAGAAGCCUUAAACGCAUAUGCCAUGAGAAGAUUGCCAGGUUUGAACAAAGGUGUGAUUCAGAGCAGUGAUAUAAUGAAAUAUAGAUCGUUGGCAGAGACCAUGAUAUGGCUGCUACCCUCUGAGAAAGGCAGUGUUCCUUGUGGAUUGAUGCUCAAAUUGUUAAGAGCUGCAAUUUUGUUAGAAUGUGGGGAGCUAGAAAGAAAGGAUCUGUUGAGAAGGAUCGGCCAACAACUUGAUACUGCUUCGUUGGCAGAUCUUCUGAUUCAAGCCCCAGCAGAGGAAACAUGUAUCUAUGAUGUCGACAUAGUGCAAACCCUAGUUGAGGAGUUUAUGAGGCAUGAGCAGAGUGCCCAGAGUUUUCUUCCGAUGGAAAAUGAAUUCCAGGAGGUCAGAGACCCCAAGUUUUCAUCGGAUGCCUCCAAAAUCUUGGUAGCAAAACUGAUCGAUGGCUACCUAGCUGAAAUUUCGCGGGAUCCCAAUUUACCUCUGUCAAAGUUUCUAGGUCUUGCUGAAAUGGUAUCAAGAUUCCCAAGAUCAACUCACGAUGGAAUUUACAGAGCCAUUGACAUGUAUCUCAAGGAACACCCUGGAAUCAGCAAGAGUGAGAGGAAGAAACUAUGCAGGUUGAUGGACUGCCGGAAGUUAUCAGCAGAAGCUUGCAUGCAUGCAGUGCAAAACGAGCGGCUUCCCAUGCGGGUUGUUGUGCAAGUUCUUUUCUUUGAGCAGAUGAGAACUACAACAUCAGCCAGUGGUAACAGCACAGCAGAAUUACCAGGGUCUAUUAGGGCCUUACUCCCUGCUGGUUCUCAUGGAAGCUCAAGAUCUACUACGACCAACACAGAAGACGACUGGGAUGCUGUUGCGACAGCGGAGGAUAUCAAGGCUUUGAAAGGCGAGCUUGCGACUCUUCAAUUAGAGAGACGUGGCAGCAAUGCAAGUUUGAAUGAUGGCACAAAAACCGAUCCUGAGAAAACCAGUGCCGCUAAAUUGAAAGGUCUGGCCAUGUCAAAGGUAUUUUCGAGGCUAUGGUCGAACAAAGAAAGAAAUGGUGAGAGUAGCAGUUCCGAUACAUCGGAGAGUCCUGGUUCCGGUUCUGUCACUGCAGACCAAACGAAAUCCACUCCUCCUAGAAGCUGGAGGCACUCUGUCUCUAAUUAGCAGCGUUAAUCAUUAUGCAUACAUGAUUUUAUAGACAGAAGUAGAGCAUGCAUUUGGUAGGAGAUUAGGACCUACUGGCUUUUCCAGUUGAUGUAAUUCCUCUGGAAUUUUUUCAAAGUAAAAAGAGGCGCCUUGUUGAGGGGAUUGACUUCUC